AGAACCGUUCAUUUGUUCAUGAUAUUUUUUUUCCUCAAAUUUGUCGAAUGUGCUUAUGUCAAAUCUAAUGUGAUUAUUCAUUAUAUGUUCUUAUUGAAAUUGUAUUAACAAUGUGGUCAUGCAUAAAAAUAUAAUGUACUCAAUUCUAUUAAUCGAUUAUAAUUACUUGGAACUAAGUAAAAAAGGAUCAUGGCAGAAGAAGCAGAAAUUGAAGAGACUCUCGACCGAGACUUCCUACUCUUUAUGACCUUAGCAAAAACUUAUUACCCACAAAUUGUUGAUCAAAGGGAUAUUACAUUAUGCACGCAAUGGCUUUCAAAAUUGUGUGGGGAAAAGGUGGAAGGCAUUUAUCAAAAGCGAAACAGAAAUGUAUUCCUUACACAUUUGCUAAUGAACAUGCAAGAAGGUAAAAUGGCAGGACCAUUUUUUAAGCCACCAGGGGAAGGGCCUUUACCUGCAUCAAAUACAGUAUUCGGUAUAUCCGCUACCGAUGAAGCUUUCGUAGCUGAUAUAGACCAACCAGUAGAUGAUAUGGCUGAUGAUUUUCAAGAAAGAUCAGCAGAUGGUAGAACUUACGUUGCAACUCGCUGUUUACCAAAUAAUCAAGGGACUUAUGCGUUUGUGGCUCUUAAUAUUGACAAGGAAUUAGAUAAUGCAACAGAUGUCACAGUUAUUCCAUGCUCAAUGGAUAAAUCGAAAUUUCGUUACACAAAAGCUUUACAUGAAUUAUCUACACACACUAUUCCAGGAGAGAAUCCGUCUGAGUCAGAGAUGGAAGAUUUUUAUAUAAGAAACAUAGAAGCUAAAGUAUCCGGUGAUAUUUCUCAAUUGUAUGAAGAACUGCGUGCACCAAUGGGACAAGCAUGUGGUAAAAUUCAAAAUGAAAUAGCGUUCUUUGAUGUACUGUUAUCACAAAUCGAUGAAGAAAUAAGAGGAGUAACGUCAGGCAACAAUGAUUUUGUAAAAUUCCUUGUGAGUAGAUUGCAACAGGAUCUGAAGAAAGUACCAAAGAUGAAUCAUAUAUUUAAACUAAGUUCAGAACAGCAACACUUGAAAAUAUUAGAAAUACUAAGGCAAAAAUUAAUCGUGAGACAACAGGAACAAAAGCGUAGGAAUCUUUUAGCUGAAAUGGACGAAUGUAUGAUGGCGUCUGCAUCUCAGUCGAAAACAUGUAUGGGUGGUGCUAAUGAACCAACAGAAUCUAUGUGGCAAUUAGCUGUGACUAGGCCAUUAGCGGAAACUGAUAUUCAACGAUUAUAUGAUGUGUAUCCUGAAGAAUCUAUUGCUGUAUUCUUAGACUUACUUGCAGAAGACAGACAAGCUAUACUAGAACGAGGAAGAAAGAGGCAAAAUAAUUUGAUAGAGAGUAUGAGAUCAGAAGUAUAUAAAGAAGUUCAAGCAGGAAAGGCAGAAUAUAAUAAAGCCCGUGCGGCGUACAGAGAAUGGAACGAGAUAUUGUCAUUAGUUGAAGAAAUGAUGUAUGAAGCGAGCAAUGAAGUUAUUGAGGAUGUACCACAGCAAAAGGAAAUACUGUUAACGAACAUGAUAACAGAUAUAAAGCAAACGGAAGAUUUAGUAGUCGAAGAAGCGUGCAAGGGGGAAAUAUUGACCGAGAAAAUAGUCGAUGCGAAUGUAUGGAAAUUUUCAACUCAAGACGACGAAGGGAAGAAUUCUGCUUGGGAAAUAAAAUCUGCAAUGGAGAGAUUACGAAGAGAGAUCGAAACAUAUAAGAUAGUGAUAGAAAAUCAGAAGCAUAGAAUUAAAGAAUUACGCGAUCAAUUAGAUUACGUGUGAGCGUAUAAUAACUACUUACUUAUAUAAGCAAAUCUUGUACUUGAGUUUUUUAAAUAUUGCAAAUUUAUCAUUACUAUGUAAUAUCUGUUCACUAAUUGAGUAUUAAAACUAUAAUUUAUUGUAACAAUUAAUAACUAUUCACACUAUCUAUGUAAUCUAUAU